AUGUCUGCGAAGGUCGUGGACGAGCCCUCCAACUUCCAAGAUGAGUGGCUGACGGAGGCCGAGCGACUGCGUCGGCGCCUGUGGGGCGGCGCAGUUGUGGAUCUCAGUCAUCGACUGGUGGACCCGGGCGCCCCGAAAGUCCAUAUCCUCUACAACGGCUCCACUCACUACGACGCCCUUGUUCGAUUGGAAUCGACGCUGGGGUGGGAGCCGGCGUGGCCGCAGACCGGGCGCCCGAGGUACUUCAAAGAGACGACCGCGGCGCGGCCUGUCGCUGCAAGCGGCCCGUCGCCUCGAGAGAUCCAAGAGCAGAACCUCAUAGGGGACUCGCUGUUCGGCGUCGAGACUGGCGACUCCUUGCGGGAGCGCGUGAUUGAUGUGGCAGGCACCGAGGCGGACCUCCAACUUCACCUCGCGGAAGCCCACAGCUGCGACCUUAUGGCGGGCGCGCGGCUGCUCCUGCCCUCGCCCGGCGCUGCCGGCAAGGCGCGCCCCUUGCGGUCCUUUGCCGCGGCCGUGGAAGGGGACAAGGUCGAGGCGCUGAUCUGCGCGUCCUGCGCCUGCAUCUACAGCCGCGUGGCCGAGUUUGAGGAGCAGAAUGAAAUUCAAUGGCGCUGGAUUCUAAGCCGCUGCGGCGGGGAGGAGGAGGGCGAGUGGCGGCUCUUCGGCCAGCCAGCGCCUCGCGUGGUCGAGAUCCUCGGCCUGAACGCCUUUCUCGACAAGCACGACAAGCUACACUCAGAAAGAGCUGCGAGGAUGUCGACCAAUGAAAGCUUUGAGAACUGGAAGUUGAAGUUGCCCGGCCCCGGCGGCGCAGAAAUCCUAUGCUGCCCGGAAGACCGCCGCUGCGGCGCGGAUCCGACCCACGUCGGCGCCGCGGGCGUCCUGUGCGAGGAGCGCGAGACGCCGGUGUGUCGGGCCUGCUUCGAGAGCCUCAAGAAGAAGAAGAUGCCGCCUGUGAGCCUUGCCAAUGAUAUGUGGGUCGGCUACUCCCCUGAGAGAAUCUUCGAAGAAAAGAUGACCGCGCUGGAGCUGAUCUGCGCCUCUCCGUGUGUGACCACCAUGGUCUGCAUGUCCAUGGAGGCUCGUCACAGGCACGCCUCGGCGCCCUUCGACGAGACGGCCCACAUGGCCAGACACCGCUACGGCUUCCGCGGCAAUCCGCUCACUUUUCCACUGCCUUGGGAAGACUUGAUGCGCGAGCUCCAGAGCGUGGGAGAAGAGGCGGCGGCAUUGCCGCGAGCUGGAGUGCAGCUGAGUGAGGUGGUCCGCGUGCUCUUGAAGACCAACCAACACGGCCAAACCUCAGAGGCGGAAAUUAAGACCUUGAUCCACCAGGCCAACGUCAGAAGAGAGGUAGCGGUCAACCUCAUCCUGGACAUGAAGCGCCUGGGCCACCCGUCUUUCAUUGGAGCCGAUGAGGACGCCGUCCGGGCCCGGGCGGCGGCCUUGCCCGAGGACGGGGCGCCGCCAGAAGUCUUACGCGUGGUCACUCUGCUGGAUGGCUCGGAGAAGAUCAACGACAAGCUGCUGCCGCAGAAGGCGGCGACCCCAGUGGAUGGCCGCAGUGACGCGGUUGAGGCGGGAAGAAUCUUCGCCGCCCAGCGGCCGCGGGGGGUCGUGGCAGAAGGCGAGCAAGCGCUGGAUCUCAACCAGACGCAGAUCGCCGCAAUGCGGCGGCUACAAGACGAGCUGACUUCGGACGCAGAGAAAGCGCUGCGGUCCUUGGAGGUGAGAACGGGCAACCAGUUGGUGGACCAAUUUCAGCCUCUUUAUUUCGCGGUGGCGUUCUGCUUCUGCUUUAAGUUCGGGACAGUCGAUAUCCACGCGUGGGCCGCGGCUAUGCAGCGCCGUGUGGAGUCCCAGUUUCGCCGGGGCUGGAACUUCGGCUACUCCAUAUGGAACUACAUCUUCCGAACAGCAGUCAACCUACAGAAAAACGUCUACAUGUACUCGAUCCCAGACGAGUCAAAUCCUGAAAGGCGCCGACCGAUGACUGGCAAGGAAGUCCUCAAAGGCGCGAGUGACCUGCUGCGGGCGCUGGACAGCAAAUACGCGGACGUCUCCGGCGAGCUGAAGGCCGUCAAGGGCGACUUGGCCAAAACGCGCUACUGCGACGCGGAGGAUCCCUGGCAAGAGGUGCGGACUACUAUGCGUUUGCAAACACAUGCCAACCGCGUCUGUUACGGGCUCUCCGUCUUCCUAACGUUCUCCCCCUCGGAGCGCGACACCGCGCUGAUGCUCCGCCUGGCCCGGGUCCGGCAAAGCGACCCCUCCUUGCAAAGCGACAGAGACAGAAGCUUCCAAUCUCGGAGCUCGCCCAAGCUAGACGAGGAGUUCUGUAGACUCUCGCCCGAGGCGCUCUUGGAGGAGCUUCCCGACUACGACGAACGCAAGACGCGCAGCGUCUAUUGUCGACCUGACCUAUGGCAAGAAGGGCUGCGCGAGACCGUGGAAGCCGAUUGGCCGGAAUAUAAAGAUAGCAGUUUGAUGCUGAGCCGGCCGGCGUAUCAGACCGACGCUUCGAUGAGCCCGGCCGACUGGAAAGCCCGUUUCCUGGAGGUGGAUGUAGAGGAGCUACAGCAGCGCAAGCAGCAACACGUCCACCUGCCCGGCCCAGACGGGCAGCGACAGCCCUUGGCCCACUGCCAGGACGCCCGGGACCCGUCCAAAUGCAAGAGCGGCUUCCCCAGAGACAAGGCUCUAGUGGAUGGGACAGUCUUGGUGUGCCCCGGUCUUGGCCAGAAAUUUGAGCUACCUGUCAAAGGCAAGCGGAGCUUGCUCGGGGUCUGCUGGGGCCCGGUCAACGAGCCGAACCUCAACGGGAACCACCCCGCGUUCCUCGCGGCGCUGAGAUGCAACGGAGACCUGCAGCUACCCUACCGUUUCCCGAUCACUACCGAGACGCACAGCGACUCGCUUUGCGAGGAGAACUGCGCGGGCAGGCAAGCCAUUCGCUUGCUGAUCAGAGAGGCGCAGCUGACGCAGGACCGAGCGAGUGUCGCUCUUAUCGUUGAGCGGCGCAAGCUGGAUAUGCCUGUGAACGCCGCGGACAUCAAGGGCAAGACGAUCCACAACGUCUGUGGUUUGAGCGCCGACUGGAAGGCCGUCGACCGCGCCGUCAGCAAGGAGGUGGCCAAGCGGAUGGGGCUCUGGCGCUGGCUCAUCAUCGACGAAGUCAGCAUGGUGAACGCCCGGCUCCUGGCGCAAGUGGAUCAGCGCCUGCGCAGCGCGGUGCCAGACGCGGCGGCUUGGAAGCUUGACCCCGUGACUAACUCCUCCCGACCCUUCGCGGGCAUCAACGUGCUCUUCACCGUCAACUGCCUCCCGCCCGACGACUUGACGGCCCCGGACCCCUUGGCGGACUAUGGCAGGGAGCGGUUCUGGGGCGGCGCCGUCCAAGGCGUCACCGAGUUGGAGGAGCGGGAGAGAUGCAAGGACGGCUGGUGGAAUGCAGUUGUGGACGAGCUACGAGCCGGGCCCCUCUCGGAGCGCAACUGGAAAUAUCUCCAUGGGCUCCCGGUGGAAGGCUGCGCCCUGUCCGACGAAGAACGGGCGUCUCGACGACGAGUCGUCGCGGGCCACAGCGACCCGCGGCUCCAGGAAGCCAAGUUCAAGCAGGCGCCAGUCAUCGUCGCGAACACCGACGCCAAGUUUCAGAUCAACAAAGACCGCGCGCUGCGCUAUUCGAAGGAGUCGGGCGCGCCGCUGCGGUGGGCCGCCGCCGCUGACAGGCCGGGCUUGGCGAUCUUGCAGACUCAGGCCUGCGACAAGGCGGCGAGGGUCCGUUGGCUGCAACACCAUGACAGGGACACUGGAAACCUGUGUGGAAUGCUACCGCUUGCCGUGGGCAUGAAGGUGGCGCUGACAGAGCACUUGGACAGGUCUGAAGACAAGCUCCUUCUACGCGGCGCGACGGGGUUCGUGCAUUCCUGGCGCUGGCCUCCUGGCGCGCGGCAGCCUACCCACGUCUAUGUGAAGUUUCAAGGCGCGGAGUGGCAGCUCGAAGGCACGCCCGAGCCGGGCCUCUAUCCGGUCACGCGGCAAACCAAGGUCUGGUUCCUGGACGGCGGCAGGCCCAAGCCCGUGCUGAGGAUCUCCCGAACUCAGAUCCCGCUAGUGCCGGCCUACGCCAUCACUGCCCACGGGAGUCAGGGUAAGACCUUGCCGGCGGCCAUGGCCGACUUCAACGUGGACAGGUGGUCGGACAUCACCUUCGGAACCGUGGCCGGCAGCCGCGUGAGGAGCCGUGAAGAUAUCCUCAUUUUGCGGCCGUUCCCGCUCUGGCUCUUCCAGCGGGGUGCGCCAGAGGGGCCAGAGUUGCUGCGGAAGACUCUCCGAGGUGAAAAGAUUGAUUGGGUCAACUACCGCGAGGCCCGCGCGCCCAGCGCGCCGUGCCAACAAUGCAAAGUGGUUAAGCCUUUCGACUACUUCGCGGACGCCCAGUGGGAUAAAGCCAGAGCCAACCUGCCUGCCACUUGUCUGACUUGCAUUCAUAAGGAUGGAGGCGCCUGCAAGCGCAAACUGCCUUCCAAUGUUGAGCGGCUGCGCUGCAUUGGCUGCGGCUUCGAGAAAGUGGAGCACGCGUGUCCCCGAGCUCAACUUCGGCAGCCUCGUGCAGAAGAAAGGCGAAAUUGCAUCGCGUGUUUGAAGAACGUCUCGGAGUUGACUUGCUCGCAAUGCGCAGAGGUGAAGCCGCUGAAGGAGUUCCACCUAUCUGCGUUGACGCUGCCGUGGGCGGCCGCGUGUCAAAGUUGCCUGGACGCGGUGCGCGGCAAGGCUCGUCGGCUCCGGGCCGGAUGGGAGAAGUGCCGAGGCUGCGCGGCUUUUCUGCCCACGUCUUCUGCCGUCUACAUCAACCAACGCUGCCCCAACUGC